AUGGGCAUGCGAUUGACAGCACGGCCUCGAUGGCGACAUGCGCCCGGCGGACUGCUCCUGCGGCUCACAGCAUGCCUCGUGCUAUGUAUGUGCUUGUGGGCGACACCAGGUCGUGGCAUGACCGAUGAGACCAUCGCGGCCCUCCGCCAAGAGACACGCGACAUCUUCUACCAUGGCUACGACAAUUACAUGAAGCAUGCUUUUCCCGAAGACGAACUACGCCCCUUGAGUUGCACGCCGCUCACACGCGACCGCCAGAACCCAGCCCAUAUUGAAGUCAACGAUGUGCUAGGCAACUAUUCCUUGACCCUCAUCGACAGUCUGUCUACGCUGGCCAUCUUGGCCUCAUCCCCACCGCCGUCAAGCAAUGGACGAAACAAGGCGUUGAAUGAUUUCCAGGACGCCAUUGCAGACCUGGUGGAUCACUAUGGAAAUGGAACUCCAGGACCCGACGGUCAGGGCAUCCGAGCACGGGGCUUUGAUCUGGACAGCAAGGUGCAGGUGUUUGAGACAGUCAUCCGCGGUGUGGGAGGACUGCUGAGCGCACAUCAGUUUGCUGUAGGCGAUCUGCCUAUUCGUGGUUACAAUGCCACUCCAGGAAAGAGCAAGGGAACCGACGGCAUAGUCUGGGACAACGGUUUUGUCUACAACGGCCAAUUGUUGCGGCUGGCUACCGACCUUGCCAACCGACUGAUGCCAGCCUUCAACACCCCCACUGGCUUGCCAUAUCCUCGCGUCAACCUGCGUCAUGGAGUGCCCUUCUAUGCAAAUAGUCCACACAACAUGGACGCUGAGCACGGUCAGUGCAGUAAGGAUCCCAACGAUAAGAGUACCGAAAUCACAGAGACGUGCAGUGCUGGUGCGGGAAGUUUGGUGUUGGAAUUCUCAACGCUAAGUCGAUUAACUGGCAAUCCGCGAUACGAGCAGGCAGCCAAGAAGGCCUUCUGGGCCGUGUGGGAACGUCGAAGCAACAUUGGACUCAUCGGAGCAGGCAUCGAUGCUGAAACGGGCCAAUGGGUAUCAUCUCACACUGGCAUUGGGGCUGGAAUCGAUAGCUUCUUCGAGUAUGCCCUCAAGUCGCACAUCUUGCUCUCCGGUCUACCUUACGACCCUGCAACCGCAGAUAUCGAUUCUUCAGAUGCAUUCCUACUUGCAUGGGAAGAGGCGCAUGAAGGCAUUCGGCGGCAAAUCUACCGUGGAUCCCAACACCAACAUCCUCACUAUGCUCAAGUCGAUCUCCACACUGGAGCUAUCCGGGCUUUUUGGAUCGACAGCCUCAGUGCAUUCUACCAGGGUCUACUUGCCAUGGCUGGGAAGCUUGACGAGGCCAUUGAAACCCACCUUCUCUACACUGCCCUAUGGACCCGCUACUCUGCCAUGCCGGAACGAUGGUCAACUGCUACAGGGGACAUUGAGCAUGGACUGCGAUGGUGGGGGGGUCGACCGGAGUGGAUCGAGUCCACAUGGUACUUGUAUCAAGCUACCAAAGAUCCGUGGUAUCUGCAUGCUGGCGAGAUGGCCUUGCGGGAUAUCAAGAGACGCUGCUGGACCAAAUGCGGAUGGGCUGGACUUCAAGAUGUCCGCACUGGUGAGCUGAGCGACCGCAUGGAGAGCUUCUUCCUCGGCGAGACUGCAAAAUAUCUCUACUUGCUCUUCGACCCAUCGCAUCCUUUGAACACAUGGGACGCGCCCUUUGUCUUCACCACCGAAGGUCAUCCUCUAAUUAUACCAAAGCGUGUGCGCCCAUCAUCUCGCAUACGUCGAAAGCGGUCGUCACCCGGACGGCAAUUUGCUCAAGACAUAUGUCCUCUUCCACCAGCUCAUCUGCCAUUUACCAUCUCUGCGACAGCAGCCCGAGCCGAUAUCUUCCAUGCUGCAAGUCUAGCGAAAUUGCACUUGAUGCCAACAAUUCAGACGACAGACUCCCCAUUAGUCGAGUUCACUGCCGAUCACCCCAGUAUCUCGUUGUCAGAUGUUCGUUCACCUUCCAAUUACACGUACUAUCCCUGGACAUUGCCGCUCGAGCUUAUUCCUCAUAAUGCUACAAGCUCGCCAAUGACUCUGCGAACUACCUUUGAUCUCUCAUUCCCAAGCAUGCCCAAUAGCAUGCAGAUAGGCGCACUGCAAAGGAUACAAGAUGGUAUAUUGGUAAAGUCCAUGAGCGGGCUACGUCUCGGCAUGGUUCGUGAGCAAGACAAGAGAUCCGAUACGGGGCAAUAUAUUGAUCUGGAUGAACACUUCCGUGUAUAUGCCAUUUCUAACAUCGCCCUAGGUCGUGAUGAGAAGAUUUUCAUGUCGCGUGCCACCAUGGAUAACUUUAAUCCGCUAGAUCCUUUCUUUACUCGAACAAGAGACGCCAACGUCCUGGAGCUAGUCAUUGAUGUCCCACCAGACGCCCCGGGCACGUCACGCGCUCUGUCAGACCUCCUUCAAGAUGCGCUUGGUGAGUCUGGCAACCUGUCGAACCCCCCGGCGAGAAUAGAGAUUGAUCCAGAAGCGCUAGAGAACGAACCGUCAUACCUAUCGAAUCUACUAUCGUCACUCCAGGCUCUGUUAGCUGCGCCAGCGCCGACGUUGUCACCAUUGCCUUUUGAUCUACUUACUGCAUCCCCACAGACCACUCUCCGCCAGAGUAUUCCAGGUGCACUUCCAUUAGGGCCUGGCGCAGCACCACUCCCCGACACCCCAGAUCCCAAGGCUACUUACACGGAGGAUGACAGUCUAGCUUGGUCAAGCAUUUACAUCCAUUCGAGCACGCUCUGUGACGAGAAACUGCCCAUUGAUAUUCCGCGGGCCUAUCAAGUCAUUGUCAUUCCACGCGGCGGAUGCUCCUUCUCCACGAAACUGCGCAAUAUAGCAGCCUAUCCACCAGCCAGCACAUCUUUGCAAGUAGUAGUCAUUGUCAGCUACCCUGAGCACGAAGAAUCGCCCGAUGGCAAUGCCAACGAUGGGGCAGGUCAGUCACGGGGUAGUGCACACGUCGUGCAGCCACUUCUCGAUGAGGCGCAAUUCACGCCUUCUGGCCUACCGCGACCGAACCCGAUUCCACUCGUUAUGGUGAAUGGUGGGGAAGAAACCAUGGCAUUGCUCAGACGCGCAAAGGGCGUGGGUGUCAGGCGGAAGUAUUAUUUUCGCAGCCAGGGGAUGAAGAUUGAUAAUUUGAUUGUGUUGUAG